CCUACUUCUCAUCCUUUGCUUGAUUGCCUGGAUAAAAGAGACCUUUAUUAUUUAAUAUAUAUUAUUUUUUCUUACUUAGUUGUCAAAGUCGUAUUUAAUUUAACGAUUUUUACCUCGAAUUUUGCCAGUUGAUCUGUUCCAAAUUCAAAUUUAUACCAAUUUUAUUUUAUCAUGAACUCGUCCGUACACGAAAAGGAUUGGCAUUUGCAGAGCCCCUCCCUGGCUGAAGGCGCGCCCACACACCCACAACCUCACCAUAUCCAACACUAUUCACCUGCCCUGGACCAUCCUUAUGCCCAGUCAUUCCCUCAGGGUGGCCCAAUGCAUCCUCCUCUCCACCAACAACCACCCUCAUCCAAUUAUCUCCCACUCGUCAAGCCCGAGUCGGAUCCAAGGUUACCUGGUAUGAUGGCCCUCUCACAACCAGGAACUCCUCGCCCAGCACACACUAAUGGUCCAGAAAGUUCACCGGUCAAGAAGUCCCAUGUUGCCUAUUCAACAUCUUCUUUCCAUGCCACACCCUAUCCCCACCCAUCUAUCACUCGGAAGCGAGGCAGGAAUGAGUCUUUGUUCUCCGCUGAAUUGGGUCCAUUUUUCAGUUCCACAAAACCGUUUGAUAAUCUCUAUGCGUUAGACAGAAAUACCCUACUCAAUAUCCGGAUCCAGUCUAAGAUGGACCGUGGCUUCUUUUUGGCUGACAACGAUUGGACCUGUUACCGUCGUAACUAUUUCCAAGUCAGUAGUGCGUUUACCAUUCAUGGCGUUGCCCACUAUUACGCCGACCACGAGACACAGUGUCUUGUCCAAGCCGACGGCGCCUUUUACCCUGUCCGCCGAUUCCUUCUGAAUGUCUCGGCACGCGUUUCAAACAGUGACAAGAAGAUCGAACUCGUUCAGCAUACACCAAAACGCGACAAGGGUCCUCAAACGACACCUCUGCCAAAACCAAUCAUCCCU